AUUCCUUCCCGUCGAAACUUCCACCUCGGAGUCCACCGACUCCUCUCACCAUCGCCAACAACUGCUGCCUGCUAGCGUAUAACCAUCGCUCUCCAAUCCCCACCCCCAUCCACCAGCACCCCAAUCCGUCCAAUCCCCGCCCCAUUUCUCCCCAUUCCGGCGGCUCGCGGCGAUCGACUGCGCAGGCCGCUUCGCGCGCGCGGCCGACGGCUCCGGGCUCCCGGGUCUGGACUCUGGAGGAGGAGUCGAGCGGCAUUGCUGGAUUCGGCGGCAGUCGUCGAGUCGGAGGAGGCGCCUGACUGGCUGGCAGGGUUUGGAGGAGGAAUCAAGCUGCAUUGCUGGAUUCGGCGGCACUCGUCGAGUUGGAGGAGGUGUCUGACUGACAGGCUUUGUUUUAAUCAAGCACUUCAUUUCCUGCAGUUAUAUAUAGAAAAUAGAGGGCCACCUAAGCUUUCUUCCAGACCUAGUUUUGGACGCCAACAGAGCUAUGAAAUAUUUUGUAUUCAGAUGACAUAAGGAGUAUUGAGUCUUGUAUAUUUGUUUAGAAAGAGAUGAAAGUUGGUGCUCUUCUGACCUCUGCUGGAAUCAACAUUGGUCUCUGUAUACUUUUUCUGUCAUUCUAUUCCGUUCUGAGAAAGCAGCCACAGAAUGUUAAGGUCUAUUUUGGGAGAAGGAUUGCUGAGCAGCAUAAGCGGCUCCGAGGGGCUUUUAUUUUGGAGAGAUUUGUUCCAUCCCCUAGCUGGAUUGUGAGAAGUCUGCAAUGCACGGAAGAUGAGAUCCUAUCUACUGCUGGGUUGGAUGCAGUUGUUUUCAAUAGAGUUCUAGUAUUUAGCAUACGCAUAUUCUCAUUAGCUGCCAUUCUUUGUUUAUUUGGAGUUCUCCCCUUGAAUUAUUUUGGACAAGAUAUGCAGCAUGAACGGAUUCCUUCAGCAUCAUUGGAGACAUUUACAAUAGGAAAUAUGAAAGAGAAAUCAAUAUGGCUCUGGGUCCAUUGCGUCGUGCUGUACAUCAUAUCUGGUGUAGCUUGCUUUCUUCUAUAUAUGGAAUACAAGCAUAUUGCUAGACUGAGGUUGCUUCAUCUUGUUCGAACAACGACCAACCGUAGCCACUUUACUGUCCUUGUCCGUGGGAUACCAAAGUCAACUCAUGAAUCAUUCAACAACGCUGUUGAGAGUUUCUUUACAACGUACCAUGCACCGAGUUACCUAUCCCAUCAAGUUGUUUAUAAAGUUGGUAAACUUCAGAAGAUAGUGACGGGUGCGAAGAAGGUUUAUAGGAAGUUCAAGCAUUUUAAGGGUACCACAGUCGAUCAGACAUGCAGAUCUGUGACAUAUCGAUGUUGUCUUUGUGGGGUGUCAUCAAAUUCGUUCCAGUUGUUGCCCACUGAAGAGCAAGAAAGGGAAAAACCUUGUGUGAAAAAUUCAAACUUGAACUUACCUGCCGAGGAAUGCUCUGCUGCUUUUGUAUUUUUCAAAACGCGGUAUGCAGCGCUAAUUGUAUCCAAAAUUCUCCAGACAUCCAAUCCUAUGAAAUGGGUCACUAGUCUGGCCCCAGAACCUAAAGACAUGUACUGGUCAAAUCUUUGGUUACCGUACAAGCAGCUUUGGAUUCGCCGCAUAGCUACACUUCUUGGUUCUAUUGUUUUUAUGUUCAUUUUUCUUGUACCUGUGACAUUUAUACAAGGUCUAACUCAGCUGGAACAGCUGCAGCAAAGGCUCCCUUUCCUGAAAGGGUUAUUGAAAGGGAAAAUCAUGACCCAGCUAGUAACUGGAUACCUUCCCAGUGUGAUCUUGCAAAUAUUUUUAUAUACUGUCCCCCCGACCAUGAUGCUAUUUGCGACACUAGAGGGACCUAUUUCUCACAGUGAAAGGAAGAAAAGUGCCUGUUGUAAAGUAUUAUACUUCACCAUUUGGAAUGUCUUCUUCGUCAACGUCCUAUCAGGUUCUGCAAUUAACCAACUUAACGCCUUAUCAAGACCAAAGGACAUUCCAAUGGAGCUUGCGAGGGCAAUUCCUUUACAGGCUACCUUCUUUACCACCUAUGUUCUGACUUCAGGAUGGGCUAGUCUGUCGUCGGAAGUUAUGCAACUCUUUGGCCUUAUUUGGAACUUUGUAAGGAAAUAUAUUCUGAGAAUGAAAGAAGAUAGCGAUUUUAUCCUCUCGUUUCCGUAUCACACUGAACUACCAAAAGUUCUGUUGUUUGGACUAUUGGGCUUCACAUGCUCUGUGCUAGCACCUCUGAUCUUGCCCUUUUUACUACUCUACUUCUUUCUUGCCUACAUUGUGUACCGAAAUCAGUUCAUCAAUGUUUAUUGCACAAGAUACGACACUGGCGGUCUAUAUUGGCCAAUUGCGUACAAUGCAACAAUAUUCUCUCUGGUGCUCACCCAGAUCAUCUGCCUUGGUGUCUUUGGCCUUAAAGAAUCCCCAGUAGCUGCAGGCUUCACUGUACCUCUUAUCAUCAUCACUCUUUUAUUCAACCAGUAUUGUAGAAUGCGUCUUCUGCCGUUAUUCGGGACUUUCCCUGCACAGGUUUUGAUAGACAUGGACAGAGAAGACGAGCAAUCGGGCAGAAUGGAUGAGAUUCACAAGGGCCUUCAUUCCGCUUACUGUCAGUCCACCGAUACGGAAUCAGCCGAUGACAUAUCUCUGGAAAGAGUUCAAGCUAUCAGUACAACAGAUGAAGAUGGCAGCGGCAGCUCAGGUGAACCUAGCGGCAAAGAAAGCGUCGGACAACCAGUAACUGACUUGUCUCACCCGACACUGAAAGGGCUCCCCGUUGAGCGGCUACGGCGCGCGGUGAGAUCACUCGGUUUCAUGAUCAGAUUGCAGAAGAGAGGCGUAUCAGCGUAAGCCGUGGUUGGUGAAUGUACAAACUGCAUACAGUGUGCACAUAGAACAACACAGAGACACCAAGAUACACACAUACGGAUAUUACGCUGCUCCAAGGAAAAAAGAAUGGAGUGUCACCUGUUUUUCUUUUCUUUUGAAAGUCGAUGUGUUUGCCUGUUUGGUUGCAAGGGUGCAAGCAAUUUUGUGUUUAAAUCGAUGCCUGCGCGACUUUUCAGGCCAUUUUUGGCCAUGAUGCACGGACCCUUGAAUUGCUUGCUGCGGCUUUGCUGCAUUGUAACCUCGGUUAAACAAGUUGUUGUGAAAGAAAGCAAUCCAUCCAA